GGGACGGCCGCUCGUGGGUCUCUUAGCGCUGCCGGCCGGGUGCUGUAGAGUUCCGCGCCUUGCCGGAGUUGGUUGCUUCCGGCUGCCCGCCGAGGGUCUGCUCCCUUCUCCCUGCACCGCCGGCCCGGCUCCAGAAUCUCAGAUAUGGAUCUUCUUCAGUUCCUGGCAGCCUUCUCUGUCCUGUUGUGGUCUGGCGCAGACGUCACAGGCACCCUGAAGAGCACUCUGGACCCGAGCCUCAAGAUUUCUGCUAAGACAAGAAGAUGUUUGAGGUGAAGCGGCGAGAGCAGCUGUUGGCACUGAAGAACCUGGCACAGCUGAACGACAUCCACCAGCAGUACAAGAUCCUGGAUGUCAUGCUUAAGGGACUCUUUAAGGUGCUGGAGGACUCCCGGACAGUGCUCAUUGCUGCCGAUGUGCUUCCAGAUGGGCCGGUCCCCCAGGAUGAGAAGCUGAAGGAUGCUUUCUCCCACGUGGUGGAGAACACAGCCUUCUUUGGUGACGUUGUGCUGCGCUUCCCAAAGAUUGUACACCACUACUUUGACCAUAAUUCCAACUGGAACCUCCUCAUCCGCUGGGGCAUCAGCUUCUGCAACCAGACAGGUGUCUUUGACCAGGGGCCCCACUCACCCAUCCUCAACCUGAUGGCCCAGGAGCUGGGGAUCAGUGAGAAAGAUUCUGACUUCCGGAACCCAUUUAAAACAGACCGGACAGAGUUUAUUCCUAGCACUGACCCUUUCCAGAAGGCUUUGAGGGAAGAAGAAAGACGCCGCAAGAAGGAGGAGAAGCGGAAAGAGAUCCGGAAAGGCCCAAGGAUUUCAAGAUCCCAGUCUGAGUUGUAGCCCUGGACCAGCUAGGGGCCUAAGGAAUCAGCAAGUGGCCACUCAGAAAAGGCUGCAACUGUGUGGCUGCGGUAUAGCACCAGCAACCACCUUGAUGAGCAGCAGCCACUUCCAGACGGGAACUCUGUUUGCCGGGUGGGUCCUCAGAAGCCAGGGAUGAGCCCUGGCCAAAAAGACUGAGCUUCCAGGAUCUUACAGUACACCAUGGAGGCCUUGAAAGAACACUGCUCCACAAACAGGAUCAUGCAGGGAAGCUGCGGGGGGAGGCUGGCUGAAGGAGCUUCUGGCCUGGAUCUCUUUGGUGAGGGCAGACUGCAGGCCACUGCUGCCCUUCAUAAGGAAGCAGCAGAACCAGGCUCUGGGUUACGAGUGAAGGUGCUAUGCUUGCAGCCAGCCUCACUGUGUUCCUGGGCUGCCUGUCACUGGUCCAGCUCUCUACAGAACAGUACUAAAAGCUAGCAAAUCCACUGGCCUCCCCGAGGCUGGUGAGGAGACUGUAAGGGCAGCAGGAACUGCUGCAGAUGACGGGACCAUCCUGGAGUACGUUUCUGCCUCAGAAAGAGGGAGUCCCUAGCUCUGCAGUGCUGAGAAGCAAGAGCUAGGUUUAGGUCUCUCUCUUACUCACUGCUGCCCUUCAUGAUAGGCCAGUUUCCAGAGGGGACUCAGAAGUGCCCUGGGAGGGUGUUUAUUUCAAGGAGACCUUAAAAGAACAUGAUCUCUAUUCUCAGAUAACUGGGGACAGUCAUUGAGCUGGUUCAGGGGACAAUCAACUUGUUCUCUCUGCUGCUAAAAGAUACUGUGUGUGGGGAAGGGCUAUAGGGGACAGGUUGCAGGAGGCUGUGCUUUGUGAUGAGGUACUGUAGCGGGAUUGAUCAGACAGUGGGUCAGAGUCCCGUGGCCACAGAGCAGGAAGCUAUGGAAGGAGUUAGGCCUUCAGAAGGCAGCAUGGUUUCUAUGAGUCUCAAGGCGGGUAGCUGCCUUGGCUCUAUUGAAAUUACAGCUCCACCUCUUUGCUCUUGUCAAGCCAAAAUGUAUCGCUUAAAGGAGUGGAGACACCCCAGCCUACCUCUACCUUCAAGUGCAGGUGUUGCUAACACUGCUCAACUGAGACCUGAGUCUUAGCCUGGCUGACCCGGCCUGUUUUCCCUGUGCUGUGCCUUCAUUGGUAAAAUAAAUCUGAAGGUGUCUGAACCCUCUGACAAGCUCUAAA